AUGGAAGCCGUUCACCGUGAUAUCCUGAGGAAGAAUCACUCCUGUCUAGUGCAAGCUAUAAAGCACGUAGAAGAGGUGGUGGACAAACUGGUACAGUUUGAAGUCCUUACCAUCUUCAUGAAGGCAGAGAUUAUCGAAAAACCACGGACGUUCUUUGACCGGGUGAGAGCUUUAUUAGAUACCCUUCCCCGGCGAGGACCCCAAGCUUACACACUCUUCUGCAAAGCAUUGGAGGAAUGCGGAGAGAUACAAGCCAUGACAUUGCUGGGACUAGAGACAGAGUAUCCUCAUGGUCAUGAUGAUCUAGGUGGGUACCUAUGUAUGGACAGUAUCCCUCUCAGACCUCGAACACAGUUCAAGAGCGGCUCAAUUCCUUUCAGUCUUGGCCUGUGCAGAUGA